AGAAUUGCACUUGCUUUUGGGUGGCAUAUCUUCCUAGUAAUGAUAAACAGUGGUCGCUGGAUUGUGAAUAAAGAAUUUGACAUAAGGUCUUUGUCGAUUUAGACUCCGAUUUUAUGAAGUUUGCGGAUUUAUGUGCCUACACAUUCCCACGUUAAUAAGGCAGGUCAGCAGUGAGGAGGGAUAGACAGCUUCGACCACAAGAUGUCUGCUUCCUCCUACAGCCCCAAUAGUGGCAUACGCUUCAAGAGGAGAAAGGCACGCUUCACAUUCAGUGAGGUCCACAUCCUGCUGGAUGAAGUGAGGAAGAACCGUCACAUCAUCGUCGGCAAGUUCAACCGAGGUGUACCAACAGAAGUAAAGAAGCACACUUGGGCAGCGAUUACAGCCUGCAUCAACGAGAUUGGAGAAUGCCAACGUGAGGUCAUCGAGGUUAUCAAGAAAUGGUCUGAUCUGAAGUGUGACACUAAACGUAAGGUAGCUGCUAUUCGGGCUGGGGCAGUCCCUUACAGAGGUAUGAACUCUUACCUCUCCCGUGAACUCUCUCCCAUUGAGAACAUCGUCCACCAGAUCCUAGAGCUCGAUGGCAAACGUGGCAGACUGCCAACAUCUGACAGGAACGUCUACUCAGGAACGGGCUGUAGAGAAGAGGAAGAAGGAGAUGAAGAAGAAGAAGAGGAGGCUGUGACCCUAGGCAUACCCUUUUCAUCUGUCGACAACUCAAACAAUGGCGAGAUAAAUGUCCCCACAAUACCACUUCCUCCCCAUCCCCAUGGAAUGCCUGUGCCCUUGUCUGUACCGAUGUCUGUGCCACCGUCAGUGUCUGUACCUUUGUCCGUACCCAUGUCUGUACCUACGUCAGUGUCUUUACCCUUGCCUGUGCCCACUUCUGUGUCUGUGCCUAUGUCCAUACCUCUGUCUAUACCCAUGCCAGUGUCAAUGUCUAUGCCCCCUGUCUUAUUAUUACAUAAAGAGGAUCAUGCUGUACCCUCUCCAGUGUACUGCGUCAGAUCUCGAGACACCUCCCAUUCUCCUUUUGAGAUGCAGUAUGAAAUAAGUUAUGAAGACCAGGAGCUGCAGCUGAUGGACUCUGAUGAGGAGUACCAGGAGAGAGCUCUGCCACCCCCGAACCUCCCAGAGGAUGAGCAUCACCCGGCCAGCCUAGGCCACGUCACCGCUUCAGCUACAACCAGCCAUCCCGCGUCAUCCUCCUCUUCAUCGUCUGGGGCCCGGAAGCAGUCGCAGCCAGCCCUGAGCGCUCAAGACAAAAUAGCCCACUGUACAGCGCUCAGCAUCCAGGAGCAACACAACACCAACGUUCUGCUGGAGACGGUGUCCCGCUCCCUGGAACUGCUCUCCGAGUCCGUGCAGCAGCUGGCGGAGACCCAGCAGGAGUUUGUGCACGACUCCCUGCAGCUGCAGAGGGAGACGGUGCACAUCCUGCGCGACUUUGCCACCGGAGCCCUCGCCCUCAUGCACGACAAGCUCAAUGGGCGGCCUGCACUGUAACCACCACCAACAGGGCCUCAAGUCCCUGUUUAUAGAGCUUUCCAACCACAUAUGCACUUGCUCCUGUGAAGCAAGGAGGCAGGACAGAGAGACAUUUAAAGUAUGAGAGGGGUUAUAUACAUCUGGGUUUUAACACUGGUCAGCUUUUGUUCGUAAAUUAUGGAUGGCACUCAUUUCAAUGGUGAGAACACCCAGUUCUUGCAUAAGGGCCAGCUUUUACUGAAGUGCAUGGCUCUUGGUUUUAUUUUUUCCUUUUGAUUGAUGUCUGUGGCCGGAAAUGGCCUAAUAUUCCAGUUUUCCUGCUGCUUGGAUGCUAGUCUGAGGUCAUUAGACAUUUGUAAUAUAUUUUGUAAUAUAUUUAUGUUUGUAAUAUAUUUUAUAAAGCAAAGGCCGACGUAGAGGGCAGUGGUUUCGACAAUCAUUCCUUUGAAAAUGUAUUCACAACCCUUUUAUGACAGCAGGCAUUAACAAGAAUUCCAGCAAACUGAAGAUGCAGAUUUAUCUGGGACAUUUCUUGUCCAUAUAAUGGUCUACAGUAUAUCACAACUGCUGUAUUUUAAUAUCUCCUGAUGGUUUAAAUGUGUUUGUGUAACAGGUAGGGUGAAUUUCAGACUGAUCAACCAGUCAUUUUUCAGUUCUAGAUCCAAGAUGGAGAUGGUGCUAGUAGUGGUUUCUUAUAUUUGUACAAACAUUAAGAUGUCCUGUUAUGACAUCUGUACUCAUAAGUUCACCAAGAAACAUGGAACAAAGUGAUUCAUGAAUGUGUGUUCUGUAAUAAAUGUUGUCAUUUAAAAAAAUA